ACGAAGGGGGCCGGACCUGCUGGGGCCCAGCGCCUCUCCCUUCCCUCUCGCCUGUGUGGAGAUCGGUGGGUGAAUCGGCUCUGCUCAUAAGGGAAGUGAAAAUGAAGAAUUUAUAUAUCUUUAUUGCUGUCUUGUUCAUCCCAUGGAAUUUUUCUUUGGCAAAGUAUGAUGAAUUUGAGCAUGGAGAUGACAUUAUGGAAUAUGAUGAUAAUGACUUUGCUGAAUUUGAAGAUGUUAACGAAGAUGCAGUCACAGAGUCUCCUCAGAGGAUCAUCACUACAGAAGAUGAUGAAGAAGAAGCCACGGUAGAGCUUGAAGGCCAGGAUGAGAAUCAGGAAGACUUUGAUGUCACAGAUGCACAGGAAGGUGAUACUGAGAGUGAACCAUAUGAUGAUGAGGAGUUUGAAGGCUAUGAAGAGAAACCAGAUGCGUCUCCUAGCAAAAAUAAAGACCCCAUAACAAUAGUUAAUGUCCCUGCUCACCUUCAAAACAGCUGGGAGAGUUAUUACAUGGAGAUCCUGAUGAUUACAGGUCUUCUUGCUUACAUCAUGAAUUACAUCAUUGGGAAGAACAAAAACAACCGUCUGGCUCAUGCAUGGUUUAAUACUCACAGGGAUCUGCUGGAAAGUAACUUUGCUCUUGUUGGGGAUGAUGGCACUAAUAAAGAAGCUACAAGUACUGGGAAACUAAAUCAAGAAAAUGAACACAUAUAUAACUUGUGGUGCUCUGGAAGGGUGUGCUGUGAAGGAAUGCUCAUCCAGCUAAAGUUUCUCAAGAGACAAGACCUACUGAACGUUCUGGCGCGAAUGAUGAGGCCAGCUUCUGACCAAGUGCAAAUAAAAGUAACAAUGAAUGAUGAAGAUAUGGACACCUAUGUGUUUGCUGUUGGAACGAGAAAAGCACUGGUGCGACUUCAGAAAGAGAUGCAGGACCUGAGUGAGUUCUGCAGUGAUAAACCUAAGUCUGGUGCAAAAUAUGGGCUUCCAGAUUCUCUGGCUAUCUUGUCGGAGAUGGGGGAGGUCACAGAGGGAAUGAUGGACGCUAAGAUGAUACAUUUCCUCACACACUAUGCUGACAAGAUUGAGUCCGUCCAAUUCUCGGACCAGUUCUCCGGUCCAAAACUUAUGCAAGAGGAGGGUCAGCUUACAAAACUGCCCGAAACUAAAAAGACACUUUUGUUUACAUUUAAUGUGCCUGGUUCAGGCAACACUUCCCCGAAGGACAUGGAGUCUUUGCUGCCUCUGAUGAGCAUGGUUAUCUACUCUAUUGACAAAGCAAAGAAAUUCCGUCUGAACAGAGAGGGUAAACAAAAAGCUGACAAGAACAGGGCUCGUGUGGAAGAGAACUUCCUUAAACUGACUCACGUGCAAAGACAGGAGGCUGCCCAGUCCCGCCGAGAAGAGAAAAAACGGGCAGAGAAGGAGCGAAUCAUGAAUGAAGAGGAUCCUGAAAAACAGCGUCGGCUGGAGGAAGCUGCUUUGCGGCGUGAGCAGAAGAAACUUGAGAAGAAGCAGAUGAAGAUGAAGCAAAUCAAAGUGAAAGCUAUGUGACUCCAUUGUGAGAAGCAUCUCAGUGCCACCUGCAGAAUUUUAAUUCACAGGGUACAAAGACCUACUUAACCCCAUAACUACACUUCUUUGAACACUGGUAGCCAUUAAGAGAAAUGUUCCUUGCAUUGGUGUUACUUAAGUAUUACAGCAACAUGCAGAUGUAUGUAGAGAGCUUUGUCUCUGCAGUUUUAUUCCAGGUGGUAUAAAUUUUUGCUACUUGUCUGUUUAAAAAAAAAAAAAGCAAAAGCAAUAUUCUUGAAUGCUCUUGUCAUUUGUUCUUUAAAAAGAGAAGAUUGUAAACCUGUCCACAUGUGCUGGUAACAUAUUCAUACUUUGGUUUUGGUUAUCAGGAGGGUAGGGGAUAAAACUUAAGGGGAGGAAAAAUGCACAAUAAACAUCUACUGUGUGUUUAUUUGCAUCAAGCUUGUACAGGCACAAAAUUUAGAGCCUUCUAUACACGGUAUAGUGUCUUCAGGGAUUUAAGCUCUGUAGAAUAGAAGUGAUUGUUUUCUUUUUUUAA